AUGCGCGGGGCGCACCACGUGUUCCGCCGGCUGAACCAAGAUGGCGGCCGCGUCUGCCGCCCCGCCGGAGCUCUCUGGGGUUGGGCCCGCACUGCGGGGGGUUGCCGGGGGGCGGGGGGUGGCGGGGUCGCGACGCAGGGCCCCGGGGUGUCCCCCCACGGCCGGGGCUCGGGCUGGGGUGGGCGCACCGGGAUUCCCGGUGCUUCCUUCCGCACGUCCGGGAUUGGGGGCGUGGCCACGCGCCCUCCCGGCAUGGGCAGCGGCGGCAAGGCAGCGGCUGCGAGUGCCGGGUCGAGCGUUUGUAGAAACGCGGCGAAGCCGCUUUCCGAGGGGCGCAGCAGCUCCUGCGGGUGGGGAGUCCGGGCGGCCCCGCUGGGCUCGGGGACACUCUGCGGGCAGCGAUACACCCUGGAGUGCCAUCCCAAGGGAGCCAGGCUCGAGUUCCGCUACACCGGCACCGGCAUAGGGUCUGGGACAGGCGUGAGUCCGGAGCGGCACGGCACAGCACGGCUGCCGGUGCACGGUGCCGGGACAGGGCUGGGCACCGGGAUAUGGGAGCCGCAGGUCCGGCGGGGCGGCGCCGGGCCGUGUUGGCGGCGGCGGGGCGAGGCGGGGCGAUAG